UCACAAAGUUCUGCUCCUCCUGAUGUGCCUACUUAUCGUGUAGUGGCAGAUGAAGAAUUUUUACCAUUUAAGGACAAUCAGUUUGAGCUCGUAACUAGCAGCUGCAGCUUGCAUUGGGUCAAUGACUUACCCAGAGCUUUCACUGAAAUACAGAGAGUCUUAAAACCUGAUGGCUGCCUGAUUGGUGCAAUGUUUUCUGGUGACACACUCUUUGAGUUGAGGUGCUCAUUACAAAUUGCACAAGAAGAGAAUGAAGGAGGACUCUCACCUCAUGUCUCGCCGUUUGUAGAAUUAAGUGAUAUAGGUGGCGUAUUAACAAGAUCAGGAUUUGUAAUGACCACUUUGGAUGUUGAUGAAAUAGUAGUCAAUUAUCCUGGUAUCCAUGAACUUAUGCAUGACCUUAAAGGUAUGGGGGAGAACAAUGCCGUCAAACACAGGCCAAACUAUAUCAGAAGAACAACACUCAAAAGAGCAGCUGAAAUAUACAAGAGUGAUUAUGGCAAUGAAGAUGGAAGUGUACCAGCGACAUUUCAGUUAUUGUAUUUCAUAGGAUGGAAGCCAGACCCUUCACAAGUGGGUCCUGCUAAGC